UCGAUCGAAGAAGGACUCAAUCCUCCUUUCAAUCAGUCUUCUGCAUUACCGAAUCGCGCAGAUGGUGAUGGAAACCCCAAAAGUGGAUUGCUGAGCUUCGGAGGGGUAGGCGGUAGCGGAUAUGGCAAACGCUGGUGGAGGGAAAAGUUAAACAUAGCGUUUUUGAUCUUAUUAUGUCUUGGGCUUAUUACCUGGCUUUUGUUGAGUGGAUUCUUGAAAGCACCAGAUGAAACUACCAUGGAAGAGAAUUCCAAUCCCAAUCUUAUUAUCGCAAAACAUGGUGCCGUUGCCUCCGAGGUCGUGAAUUGUUCACAAAUUGGUGUUGAUGUAUUGAAAGAAGGUGGUAAUGCCGUCGAUGCGAUUAUAGCUACCCAUAUUUGUAUCGGAACCAUAAAUUCAUGUGCGGCCGGUAUUGGAGGAGGUGGUUUUAUGCUCAUCCGCAAGCCUAACGGGUUCGCCGAAUUUAUAGAUUUCCGAGAAGUCGCUCCCUUAAAAUCUCAUCGUGACAUGUAUGUCAAAGACACCAAAUUAUCUAUAAUUGGACCAUUGUCUAUUGCCGUGCCUGGCGAAAUUCGAGGGUUGAAAUUAGCACACGAAAGACAUGGGAAGUUACCAUGGAAACGACUUCUCGAACCAUCCAUCAAGCUCAGUCGUGACGGAUUUGCUAUACCCGAGGAAUUGGCAAUUCGUAUGAAGAUGUACAAGCACGAAAUUGAAACGAACCCUGCCUUCCGUGACAUUUUCUGCGAUGCUAAAGGAAAAUUGCUAAAUGAGGGAGAUAUCGUUUUCCGUAAGAAUUAUUCGAGAACUUUGGAAAAGCUCGCUGAAGAUUACAAUGAUUUUUAUGAGGGUGAAAUCGCAAGGUCGACAGUUGCCGAGAUCCAACGCCAAGGUGGCAUAAUCACCUUAGAAGACCUGGCAAAUUAUAGGCCGGUGAUUCGCGAACCCCUCGUUGGAUAUUAUCAAGGAAAGAAGUUUAUAACUUCCCCAGAGCCCGGCAGUGGCACCAUCCUAUUAUUCUUACUGAACGUAAUAGAAGAAUUUAAGUUUCACAAGGAGGGAAGGAGUAAAGAGAAUGUGCAACGGAUGGUUGAAGCUUUUAAAUUUUCUAUUGCGAGACGUAGCGAACUGGGUGAUCCU